GACGCUGCUGAUGAUAUUUAAAGAUGUUCCCACGAAUACCCAGCCAUCAGCUCUGCUGGGGUGGACUUCAGAGGAGAUUCUUCUUGAAUCGACCUGUGCUGAACAGACAGCAGUUUGAGCACCUGCAUGUGAGAGUUGGAGACCGGGCUGAACUCAGCAGGGCCUUCACACAGAGGGAUGUGGCUGCCUUCUCAGAAUUAACUGGAGAUGUUAAUCCCUUGCAUUUAAAUGAAGAUUUUGCAAAACACACCAAGUUCAGAAAGACGAUUGUACAUGGAGUUUUGAUCAAUGGACUAAUCUCAGCUCUCUUGGGUACUAAAAUGCCAGGGCCAGGUUGUGUGUUUCUUUCUCAGGAAAUUAACUUUCCGGCUCCUUUAUAUAUUGGAGAAGUUGUUUUGGCUUCUGCAGAAGUGAAAAGACUCAAGCGUUUUGUUGCUUUUAUUGCAGUGUCAUGUUCUGUAAUAGAAAGUAAAAAAACUGUUAUGGAAGGCUGGGUUAAAGUUAUGCUCCCAGAAGCUCCCAAAUUCUGAAAUAUGUGUUGCAAUUUCAAAUACCAGUACUGUUGUUAUUAAAGAAGCACCUGAGGAAAUGGGCUACUCUGUCACUAAAGUGUGGCUGAUAGAGCCAGAAGCAGUGUUAGGGAAAGGGAAUGGGAUGUGUUCAAAUGUCUACUUUCCAAUUUGGCUUUAUGCUUCGCCCAACUUAAUAUUUGCAUGAUUUCAUCAUCUAUAUUGAUUUUUGUAAGUUGAAAAUCUGAGGUGAUCUGAAGUUCUACUUUUGGGAUUUCAAACCUAAUUAGAUUUGCAGCUACUAACACUGCCCUUUACCUGUGUAGAAUUUCCUCACUGAAUUUCUAACCGUCCAGCACUUAGUUACUGAAGGGAACAAGGAAGUUGAGUUGUCUUUGAACACCUGCUCGUUACCAGUUAAUACUCUUAGAUCCCUUUCUCAGCUGUUUCUGGAUUAAGCUUUACUGUGACUUGUUAUUGUCUACACCAAGGUGGCACGCUGCUCAGCCUUCUCUGGGACUGCCUUUCAGGCAGUUUUUCUGUUGUCAGAGCAGGGCAUAUGUGCACACUUACACUCAGUUACACAAGCUCUGUCUCAUCCAUAAAAUAAUGAGUGCGCUGUGCAGGAAUAUAGUUGAAAGUGACAGGCACAGACCUCAGCACCAGAGCUGGCGUGGGAACACUCACUGCUGUCAUCCAUCUUCCUGUGAGUAAGGUUAUGAGGUUUCCUGAAUUUAAAACUGACUGGUCUUUAAAUAGGUAAUAGGCCAAUUUUCAGGUUGUUAGCCAGUUUAUUAGUAUUUUUACACUGGAGUAGUAUCUUGGGUGCAAAGUUUCUAUUUUAACCAUAUUCUUUUCUUUUUCCCUUGAAAAUGUGGGUCUGCCUCACGUUAUAUAAGUAUAUGCCUAUUGUGUGGGGGAAAAAAACCUGAGAAGUAAAAUAAACACUAUGGAGACCAGA